CUUUUUAAGUGUACACAAAUAAAAGUCUUAAAGAUAUUUUUAAAUCCUUUUUAAUUAGUUUAAAAUAAAAUUCUUUUAACGCGGACUAACAUUAAUUGCCAUUUCCACUACAAUUCCAGCUCAUAGAGUAUCUAAUUGGACUUAUUGGCUUAUUUUUUUUUUGAAAAGGUUGGCAGUUCCUUUGUUGACAGUUGCAUUUGUAAACAAGAAAAUAAGUGGGGAAAUCCAUCGCCUUGAGAUAAUGCUGCCAUAUCAGGGCUGCGAUGACAUCGUGUGCCUUUGCAAGAGGCGGAAGUGGUUCUUCAAAUUUGUCUUCGUCCGUCUUGAUAGUCACGGCCUUGGACGAGUACUUCCUGGCGGAAUCCCCGCUGAAUCGAAAUCUCAAGUGACCAGGUUGAGGAAUGCCUUAUGGCCCGAAAGCGACAGCCAAAACAUCUCAUCCCGGCUUUCUGGCAAAAGCAAACAAUCCCUCCAAAGACAUAAGCGAGCUGUACCAGCAGUGCAGCACAAAUUCGAACAUGCAGGACACGUCCUGCCGACUGAGUUGCGUACGCGGCCAAGGGUCAUCCGUUGAUUAAGGAUCACCUACCAGGCAUGCCGAGUUAACAUCAAUCGUGAGAGCACUACGUUUCGCUUCCGGAUGGAGUUCUUGGAGGACCACCCUGCCAGCAUGGACGCAAGGGCUGCCCUUUUCGUGGCAAAGGCUUCACCAUGUGCGGCAAUUGUGCCAUCUGCAGGACUCUAAUGCAGCUAAAUCAGUGCCAGGCGCUUCAACACCAUCUCCUUCUUCAAAGGACAUGAACAGCGCCCGGUGCCCUCAUCUGCGACAAGGAAAUCGUUGGGCGGACUCUGCUGGGACAGCUGGUUGUGCGUGACAAGGAGUGAAAGAGCUGCGGCAAAGAAUUCCGCCAGUGUGCGGGAAACCAAAGGCAGUGGAUAAGUGCGGUGACUGAUAAUUAAGGUAUCACCUUUCCGUUAAUUAUGUUUUUCUGUUCACAAUCACGCAGACCCAAUCACAAAUUUAAAGAACUAGGGAAUAGAAUGUUGACUCUAAAUUAUUGAAUGCCAACACAUAGGUACUUAUCAUUAAAAGAUACUUUUUGUAUUUUUAAUUUUCAAAGAUUUGAACAAUAUAUUUAAAAAGUAAAAAUGAAUCAAAAAUCGUAGUUAAAAUCUUUUCUCUGUAUCAUUACUGGUUCGAAUUAAACUAAAAUGAUUUUUUUAUAGACCAGCACUUUAAACUCCAUUUAUAAUUAUUACCAGCAUAUCAGCUAUUGUAACCCAAUAUUAAACGAAUGGACCGCCCACCCACCAAAGCGGCGAUCCCCCCAACGCCACCAAUAGGCUGUAUCUCCAAGGGCUGGUCAAGGCCCCGAC